AUGCUGUUCAAAAGCUUUCUGCUCGUUGUUUCGCUUUCCGCAAUCCAAUCCCAAGACCUUCUGGAUGUUUUGCCCGUAAGAAUCGGAGACGUUCCCUGGCAGGCGAUGAUCAAAGUAGACGACGAGUACCGCUGCGGCGGAGUGAUUUACAAGGAGGAUAUCGUCCUGACCAUAAUCGAGUGUGUGAAUGGGGUCUACAUCAAUAACAUUUCGGUGCGAGUGGGUUCCGCCUUCAAAAAUUUGGGUGGCACCGAGGUGAAAGUCAAGACAGUAAGGUUGCCGCUUUCGGAUGAACGCCAGUAUAAUGUGGCUGUUCUCCAGCUGGACUCGAACCUCCAGCUGGGCGGCAGUAUCAACACCAUUGAGUUGGCCAACAGGGCACCAGCAACCGGAGCCAAAGUUUCGGUUUCCGGUUGGGGACAACUCACCACAUUCAUGCCCUCAUCGGAGGUAUUAUUGCGGAUAAACCUUUUUGUCCAAGAUAAAAAGAAGUGCUCUGAGGACGAGAUCUGUGCUGCUCCCUGGGGAUUGAUUCCGGCGGCCUGUCAAGGAUUCGCCGGCUGUCCUUUGGUUCACAACAACGAUCUGGUUGGCAUCGGUUCUUGGAACAACACCUGUAGCUUGGCGAAUACACCCAGCCGAUACGUGGAUAUUGCUUUAAUUCGUCCUUGGAUCGAUGCCACUGUUGGUCUUCUUCGAGGAUUUUAA